GCACAUUUUUGAAGUGUUAAGUAGGUAUUUCUUUUUUCCUCUUCUUUUUCUCGAUUGGAGCAGAAAGCUGAGAAAGACAAUAUUGAAGACACUGGAGAAAUGAUACCAGAUGUGCAGGAGUGCAUAUGUUUGUUUUAAACAGCACUAUCUCAAUACACAUCUUGCCAUCUUCACACAGGAUCUGCACCGGCUUGAUUUCUAUGCUAUAAUUGUGGUUUAACCUGCUUACUGUGCUCGAAAAAAAACCCAUUAGAAGUCUUUCGUCACAACCGCUGCUCUGGAUAAACAGGAACAUCUGGAGUUUCCCUGCCCCCACUCUAAAACUGGCAAAGGUGCCAACAUUGCUGCAAUCGGUUUGUCUCUCACAGAUUUGCCCUUCUUUGUAUCCUGCCUAUGAUAAUAGACUGUGACAUCAUUCAUUUGCUUUGAAAAACCAACAGAAGGAGAAAAAUCCUGUGGCCCAAUUAGUCCUCUUAACGUCAGGAAGAAGCUUUAUCUUGGUAUGCGCUCUUAAAUUUUACUGCUGUUUAAUUCUCUGGCUACUGGAUUUUUUCCUCCAACAUCAACAAACCACAGCUCACCUUUUCCAAAUGAUAAAUUAAUAUAUAAUAUGGAGUGCAAGUACAUUCUGCAUUUCUUAGAACCUGUAGUUAUUACAUGGACCCUCCUUCAUUGUGAACCAACUACUCCAUUAAAGUGAGUAACUAUAAAGAGAUUACAGAGACCUGACCUGGUGCUCUAAUAUGAUAUUAACGUGUAUGAGGUUCCUGUACAAGGACAUUCGUUAUCUCUUUACCCUGGGUAACCAUAUCAGACAAAUGGUUAUAUAAUAUCCUUCCGCUACUGGUGUCCGGCAUCUGCACCUUCUGUCCGUCAGUUAAUCAAUACUUAUGGUCCAUAGCAAGAUAUCUCAACGACGACUGGAAAGACUGGUGAAAACGCACAGCGUUUGCUGUGAAAAUUCAAGGUAAACCAAUGAUGAUUCCUCAAGUUUCUGUUGAAUCCCUGACUAUUUGUGUAGCACCAGUGUUUGGCCAAAAUGACCACCUGUACACCAGAAAAAAUUUAAAUCUAGAAAGCAGAUAGACCAUGAAAUUUACUCAUUCACGCUUCCCAGAGGAUGAAUUCCUUCAAUGCCAGAUACUCAAUUUCAUCUUGCACCAUUCUUGUGCCAAAAUGUCAACACAAUAUACUGUAUCUCAUAAUGUAAUAGUGGGUUUUUGUAACAUUUGUUGUUCACAAAGAGAUAAACGCAUUUGUUGUCUGUCAGUUUAACGCUCUGAACAAACUUUACAUUUUUAGUCCCACUGCCCAAACAAUAAAAAAUGGCAGUAUAUAUUUAGUUUCUCCAUCACGUCCAUGCUGUCAGAUGUAAGGAACCUUGCAGCUUCUAGGAACCACCAGUGAUGCUUUAGACUGUUAUUCUGUGUGUUCCUUUAUUUUGGUGUUAUGUCUGCAGUUGCUUUCAUAUUUAAUGUAACCAUUUCAUUUCAUGUACAAACGUGCUUCUGUAUAUACAUUAUUUAUCAAAGUACUAUCUCAAAAAUAAAUGAGUAGUUUUGCACCAAGGUGACAAACAUUUUUCAUUUUCUAUUGGAUUGAUGAUUACUUGAUCUUUCUGAUUUAGUUCCUUCUUGGAUUAAUUAUCAUAUUCUUACAUGUCCUUCCAAGCAGUAUCACAUAAAUGAUAGGAAGAUCAGGAUUCUAGCAGCACAAGUCCUUGUUGCCAAGGUUAAGUCGGCCACUGUCUGGAAUGGAGAAGUCCUUGGCCAAGCAGAUGGUAUGGCACAUAACUGGGCCACUUUCUCUGUCUAGGGUUGGCUUUUUCACGCUCAUCCAUCCAAUCAGUCCUGCGAAGGGAGACAGAAUGAGAGAAAGAGAUAGUGAGAGGACACAGCAGAAAGAGAAAGGAGACAUGUGAUAGAUUGAGGUGGUAGAGAUACCAAAUGGGUGUUCAGUCCAUCUGGUCAUUGAGACAGUUGAGCAGGAUCGACCGUAACGUAAGUUAAGCUACAGACGUAAUGUCAUGUGUUUUCCAUUGUCAGUCAAGUCACAGUCAAAGUUGGGUUCCUCAUUAAACCUUGGGCUAAAGUUUGGUCACCGAAUAACCAAUGAAAGAAUUAUCUCUUGCACAGAGACACAAGCACACAUCAGCACACUUAAAAUAAAAAACGCUCAUCCACCUACAGCUCAGCUAAAGUGUUAGCAUACCCAUCAAAAGUAGUCUUCGGACCAGAGGAACUUUUUCAUAGUUCUUAGAAAUCCCAUAUUUGUGGUGUCCGCAAACCAAGAACUAGGAACGAUCCUUGUCUGAACUAGAACUAGGAACGAUCCUUUCCUGAACUAGAACUAGAACAAUCCUUUACUGUACUAGAACUAGGAACGAUCCUUUCCUGAACUAGAACUAGGAACGAUCCUUUCCUGUACUAGAACUAGGAACGAUCCUUUCCUGAACUAGAACUAGGAACAAUCCUUUCCUGUACUAGAACUAGAACGAUCCUUUCCUGAACUAGAACUAGGAACGAUCCUUUCCUGAACUAGAACUAGGAACAAUCCUUUCCUGAACUAGAACGAGAAUGAUCCUUUCCUGAACUAGAACUAGGAACGAUCCUUUCCUUUACUAGAACUAGGAACGAUCCUUUCCUGAACUAGAACUAGGAACUAUCCUUUCCUGUAUUAGAACUAGGAAUGAUCCUUUCCUGUACUAGAACGAUCCUUUCCUGAACUAGAACUAGAACGAUCUUUUCCUGUACUAGAACGAUCCUUUCAUGAACUAGAACUAGAACGAUCCUUUCAUGAACUACAAUCUAGGAAUGAUCCUUGUUCCUAGAACGCUGUUUUGAGGGACUUUUUUAGCUCCUAUUUUAGUAUAAGUAAGUACUCUCCAAGAACAGGAGGAACUAUGAGUGACGCACGUGUACAGGAUUGGUCAAACGUAGCAAACUCACCGCUCGAGCACAUCUCCCGCUGGAAGAACAGCGAGCGACGCCACUUCAGCAUACUCAUUUGCAGUGCGUACGCAAACGGAUAAAAAGCCCUUGAAGGUAUUUGGUGCUUGGGGGAGCUCCCCAAUGGGCAGUUCCUCUUAGGAAAUUCCCAGAACUGUUUGGUCAGAAAAAGCCAAGACAGAGCUACUGCUUGUAUUUGACUCACAAGAGGUAAUUAUGAUGCCAGUCAACGUGCACCCUCAGCAAUCACCUUGAAGUUUUGGAGCUCAAUAUCUUAACAGAUCUGAAAUCAUAAUGGACCGAAUGAUUAAUCGUUCCACAUAAAUGUUUCUUACUUCAAUGAUUGAUUUCAAUAAUCUGAUGAAAGUGCUCCUGCUUCUUUGGCUCAGUGCCAUUUGUCUUUCUCAAUUUGUACCACCGCCAGAGGGAUUUCAUUUCAGAGCUGAUGAGAUUUGUGUACUAUGACAUAAAUCAACUUUCUUUAGUGUCGCUUCUCCAAAAAGUCUGGAAGCUUUCUCCUAAAGCACAAUUUCAUUCAUCCUUACGUAUUAUCUUUGCUCAGGCAGAUGUCCACCAUUUAUAGAAUGGAAACUAUGGUUCAAGUUGUGUCUUCAAACGGCAACAAAAUCAAAUCAUUUCAGCUUAUGCUGCUCAACUUUUAUAUCAAAGUAUAAUCUGCAGAUAUGAUAACAGCAGAGAUAACAGCUCACUGGCAUUACAUCUGAGGGAAUUGCCGUCAGGAUAAGGACAAAAUAAAGAUGAAGUUUAAAUGCUUCUUGGAAGUUGAUAUAUAUUUUUUUUUCAUCAUUUUGAUGCUUCAGUUGUGAGUUUUUAAGAUACUAAAAUAUCAAUCCAUUUAUCUCCAGACAGUUACAGUUGGCUCAGAGCGGUGUGUGCUGCAGAGCAGGCAGGUGGUCUGACAGAGGGGAGUUAAUCUCUGUCUGGUAAAAACCUCCUCUGCUCCUCCUCUCUGUCUGCUUUUUUCCUUUGUGUCUUUCAAUAUUUCAUCAUUCUUUGUUUGUCUUCCUCUGCCUUUUCUUCUUCUCUUUUCUUAUCUCGUCUUCUCCUUCACCUCGAGUCCCUUAUUCUCUCUUUAAGGCAGCAUUCACAUCACGUCAUCUCCUCUUUUGUCACUGUGCCUCACAUGUCCUCUUUUGUGUCUUUGUUUCCUCUGGACUUUUCCUUCACCUUGAGUCCACAACCCCCCUCUGACAUUCGGGGUGCGAAGGCCAGCUUGCAUUAUUAUGCUCCAAAAAGCACGUGGCAGAAAAACUCCUGGGGGAAAGGAAAGGCAAGCACAGGGGAGAUUAUUAAUUUAGACCAUCCUUCUGGUUUUCGAUGACUGACCUUUUAAGUGGAAUUGGAAAUAAAUGUGUCUGUCUGCGUUUGAUUGUGAACUAUUGUAUGUGUACACAGGACUACAGCACUGUAUAUAUCCAUAGUAAUUAUAUUAGCUGGACGAUAACACUGCUGUCAUCCACGUCCUUUGACACCACGGGGCGAUGGAUGGAUGGAUUCCGGGACACCCACUCCUUCAUGCUUGUGCUCUGAUAAGUGCCCUUCAGCUGGGUUUCUGGGUUUCCUGUCCUUGGGUAGUGGCCUCAUUGCACCAUUACAGCUGCUUAAUGGGGCUGGCUAAAGGCCUAAGAGCUGCCAUUAACCGAGCUCCUGCAUCUCCUGUCAUUAUCGCUGAGUAAUACCCUAUCAUCAUGAACGCACACUCCAAAACUCAAACAGCACUGGCAGCUGUUUCACCAUCUAUCUAUGGCACAAAGACUGUAUAAAGUAAUACUUAAGUAAUACUUAACUGUUUUACUUUGGGUUUUUUUAGUUACAAAGUAAUUAACAAAGAUGGAGUCAAUGAGUUUCAUGGUUGUGUUACUGUAUGUAAGGUUAAACGUACUACUCGUGAAAUUUCGACCACUAGCUUUUGAGCGUUUUUUGACAAUAUUACAGCUGCAACAAUAUUUCCUGCUCCUUUCUGCUCUUUUUCUCCAAUGCACUAUCUACGGCACACCGAGGUAGUGGCUGGCACAGUCUGUAUAACAACACUAAAGCCAUGCUAGCAGCCCUGUAAGGCUGUGUUGAUGCAGAGUGCUACUUUUAGCCUUAUGCUCACAAUGGCAACGGCUGAGCACCUUUAAAAUAAUUAAUAUUCAUACCCAAGUAACUUUGAAUAUCUUUAGCAACUAAACUGAUAGUUAAUAAGUCAAAAUUCCAGGUCAACUUCCACCAUGGCAAAUAGGUUUUCCUUAUAUUAAGAUUUAUUGAGGGGUUUAGUGAAGGGUUACAUGAUAUAUUUCACAUUUCUACUGUGCUCAGUGAUUCAAAUAAUAAUAAUAUUUUUUUUAAAAAGCUCAAUCCGCUGUAGAUUUAGCCUGUCGUGAUAGACAAUGUAUUUGUUGUAAUGCUUAAAGUACACUCAGCCAUGCACUCAGUAUGUUUUGUCAAUCUGUCCGUCAAUCAGACAUUCACGGUCCCUUAAGACGUAACACACUGACUUUAAUGGCCUCCUAACUAGGGUGUGAAAAAGGGGUUUUCUCACCUACCACAGUGUCAGGUCACUGAACAUUUCUACCAGCCACUCAAUUUUCUUUGUCUGCCACUUCUGAAGUCAAUGUAGAACGCUUUAGAAUGACCACAGUUUUUAGUGCGUCUUCUCAAUUGUUUGAAAAACUUCAGAAAUGAUUUGAUGGACAGUAAUGGGCCCGAUAAUGGAGACUGAGUGUGUUCCAAGAGCUCAUGUGACCUCUCUUUUUCAACUGAUUGAAAUGAAUGCAGGCUCCAAAUAAAAGAUUACCUUCCCAACAUUCCUGAAGUGGCCAUCUGGAAAAUCCGACAACAAUCCAGAUGGACUGAUUCACUUUGGAGCAGGUGUGUUGAAUCUAUUCCGUUCUGUUUUACUUUACUCCUCUUGCCACUUGCUCACAGCUGCUAUCGCCGGCAGAGUUGGCAGUGCCUUCCGUUCACUAAUGUGUGUAUGUGAUGCGGUAGGCAAACAAUGCAUGCGUGGCUGUCUGCAUCAGGCAUUAUGCAGUAUGCAGUUUCAGCUAAUUGUAUGAAGUAAGAUUUGCUCUAUAAGUGGGCUUUUGGACUACUGCUUCAUGGAAACUUUGAAGUGUGCAAUGAGGUGCUAAAUUCUCCUGUAUUGACUGACAACUGCCGCCGGUCAUUGUUGCCAACGGUAGAAAUGAACUUGAUUUGCUUAAAGCAUUGACGUCACGUCUGUUCCACUGGCUUCAAUGCAAUCUCUUAUUCAGCGUUUCUUUCUGGGUAAAUGCAGCGUGUUCCUGGGAUUUAUUUUCCAUAUUACAAGACAAGUCACAUUUUGUGAGCACGGAGAAAACGCUGCAGCAGGUUCUUACGUCCUCAUCACUGUAAUAUUCACCAAAGCCGAAUCUUAAUGCUUUGCAAUACAUGCACUUGAUUUGUCAAAGAAAUCUCAGCAAAGCUCUGUCCUGUAAAAUCAUACACAGUUGUCAGCAUGUAUUUUCACAAGGGAAGAAAACAUUGUUGUUGUGGACUGAGUGACUUUUCUUUCAAAAUAUUUUUUUUAACUUUGCACAAUUUUUGCGUCCUUAAGGUUUUACCCAAUCUCACGAACUGCUGUAAAACAAAAAAAAGAAUCAGAAACAGCUUUAUUGGCAAAGUAUGUGUACAAAUUCGACUUUUGACAGUUUUUGCAUUACUCUCAAUUUACUUACACAAAAUUAGUCAACAGUUAACAAAGACAACAACGCUGGACAAAUAAAUAUAGGGAAUAGACAAGAAUAUUAUGUAUACACAAAUGUGUGGAAAAAUAAAUAAAUAUAUUUUAUAAGUUACAAAUGACCAACGUCAAAGCAUAAACAUGUAUACAGCAUGUAGGGUUUAUACUGUAUAUACUGCAAGAGAGCCUGUCACUGCAAAUUUAGACAAUGCAUAUUCAUAUCUGAGAAAACCUUGUGAGAAACUGUGACUUCUCUAAGGGAUAGGUUAGGAUGCUGAUUGUCAGCUGAUAACUACUGGGUUGCAAAUAGGCAUCAGGCAUUGCCAUCGUAGUGUAGAAAAUCUUCCAGCGCUUUCAGCCAAGCUGUGACACUUCCUCUGUGAGAUCCAGCUUCCCGCUGAGAGAACAUUUGGUUAAAAGAACCAAUAGGAUAUCUCGCUUAUUGUGGUAUUUACGCCUCACGGGAGAGAUGGGAAGUCAUCAUGAAUGAGUGGGCAGUGUCACUGCCAAGGGAGAGGAGGAAAACACAGAACAGGACACGGCGACUUGUGUGACGAGCCAUGCAGUCGCCCUGCGGAUUUCCCUUUUGUGUCUAUUGAAUGUGAGCUCCGAUGGCCCUACUUCCUCAUUUGGCACCGACAUUGAGAAAAUCUUGAUUGGAAUAGUUUAACCCAUGGAUGAUGUUUGAAUGGCUUUUUUAUGGUUCAUAAUGAGUCAGUAAGCUGCCAUUUACUGUGUAUAGUUUGAGAAGGGAGAGGACGUUGGACUGCAGCUGGGAUGCAGAGAGACGUUGCUAUUUUGUGGUUUGUUGCAGUUAUUUUGUGUGUUAUAAUACUGUUUUUAACUGAGAUACAAAUAUUUGCUGCUUUUAGGAUAUCGUAAAGAGGUUUAACACCCCACAGAGAGAGGAGGAAAGAGAAAGAUUGAGUGUGCACAGAGCAGCAGCAGCGUCUUAAAGCAAGACGUAAAAAAAAGAAACUCAAUAAACACACACUACUCUCUGGAGUGGUCUGCCUUGAAGCUACAAACACAACAGUAAAUGUAUACUGCUGCAAACAGACAACACAUGGACGGAGGCACAGAAACGGACACACGUGUACAACACAUGAAAAAGACACAGAGACACACACACCGAGGCAAAGAGGCCGAGGAAAACCACCUUCAUAUUGGACCUGCAGGGCUCCACCUACAUUUCAAACACACAGACAACCAUCAGGGGAUGCAAUUUUCACUAUAACACCUGCCUCUGUGCAUCGAUCUGACCGGGGGUCGUUUCAGAGGAAUGACUCCAGGGUUUGUCAGUUCGUCAUUCACACAAUUAUCCUCAUUUGAAUAUAAGAUGAAAAAGACAUUUUUAGGAUUUACAGGUUCUCGAAUAUUAGUUUGUUAUUGGAAAAGUGCACAUCUUCCUGGCAAAGAUGUUUUUGUCAGCAUUUUUUAUAUGAUUGUGUAUAUAUAAAUGUAAUUAUUGUUCCUAAUGGAGUCAUCCAUUGAAAUAGGAACAAACACUGAGGCUCAAAUUAACUUCAGUUAUUUCAAGUGUUGUUGAUACAUUGAGACUCUGGUAACAUAACGACGGUAAUAUGUGUGUCAAAGAUCUUAUUAAUGACUUUAAAUGCGUAGCACUAAAGUCUUACACAGCUCCUAAGUAUUAUGAUCACUGUAACAAAAUAAAUAGCUAAAAUAGACUUUAACACCAAAGGACAUUAGUUAAUUUAUAAAUACAUUCUUGUAAAGCUUAAUUUAACAUACAUUGUUUAUACAUUUUUUAUAAUAAGAGCAGGAUGAAGUAAUUACUCAUAAUAAUAGAGCAUGAAAUCACAGCCAGAUCUUUUUUGAGGAAAAUGUGGAAACAAAAUACAAAAUGUGGAUGCUUUACCUCUCGUAUAACUACAUACGUAUAACGGCUAACUUCAAUGAUCGCUUCAGUUAAAAGCUAAGUUUAUAUCAUUAAAUGCUGGGAAAAACAAUGUUUUCUGCCUACUUUUAUAACACUAAGAUUGUUUAAAGAAUUACAUGGAGCAAAAAAAUGAAAACUGACUGAAAGACAUGAUGAUGGAUUUCUUCAUAUAGCUACAGUACAUAAGUUUUAUGUGUAAAAUACAGAUACGGAAGAGUUAGAGGACAUUUAGUUUUAGCUUUGAGGCAACUGUAGAUUGUGCAACUCCUUUAGAAGAUGUCUUCUACAUUCCUUGUCAAUGUUUCAAGUUUUAAAAUGUUUUAUUGCUACAGAAAUUCGGUAGGUUUCAUACCUGUGGAGUAAAAGAUAAGAGUAGAGAUACGAGAUUGAAAGGAGGGAGGAUGGGGGGAGUGAAACACUGCUGGUGGUGCUGGGAAGCUGGGAAUCAGCCCAGAAGGGCCUUGAGAUUCCAAACAAGCAGUGUGUGGGAGAGGGAAGAGGAUGAAUGGCUACUACUGACUGGAGCACGAACUGUGGCCGAGACAGACAGAGACAGAGGGCCGGCUGAGUGGCAGGAUGGGAGAGAAGGGUGAGAGGAGGAAAGAGAGGGGGAGUGUGAGCCCUCCAGCUAUCAGUACCAGUAGGAGGAGAAGAGAGAGUUUAAAGGGGGGGGGGGACAAACAUGAGAGAGAAGGAGGUAGAGCAGACACAGGCUCGCCUGCUUGGAUUUGAAGGGGAAGGAAGGAAGAGAGGAGAGUCCCGGCGGCUCGUUGAGGACGGAGGGUGGAUGUUUGUAGAAGGCCGCAGCAACACGGUGACUUUAGUGUCACUGUAUGGACACUGGUAAGAUGUCAUGGCGUCCGACCUACCGAAGCUCCAAGUUUCGAAACGUCUACGGAAAAGUGGGCAACCGGGAGCACUGCUUCGACGGUUUCCCCAUCACCAAGAACGUCCAUGACAACCACUUCUGCGCCGUCAACUCCAAGUUCCUGGCAGUCGUCACCGAGAGCGCCGGCGGAGGCUCUUUCAUUGUUAUACCUGUAUCCCAGUGUGGUCGUCUGGACUCUCAUUACCCAAAGGUGUGUGGCCACCAAGGCAAUGUACUGGACAUCAAGUGGAAUCCCUUCUUUGAGAACAUCAUAGCAUCCUGCUCGGAGGACACCUCGGUGCGAGUAUGGGAGAUCCCAGAGGGCGGUCUGAGACGCAACAUGACGGAGGCGGUGCUGGAGCUGUACGGCCACAGCAGACGGGUGGGUGUGAUCGAGUGGCACCCCACCAGCAGCGGCAUCCUCUUCAGCGCUGGCUACGACUACAAGAUCCUGAUCUGGAACCUGGAGAUCGGAGAGCCGGUGAAAAUGAUCGACUGCCACACGGACGUCAUCCUCAGCAUGUCCUUCAACACAGACGGCAGCCUGCUGGCCACCAGCUGCAAAGACAAGAAGCUGCGCGUCAUUGAGCCGCGCUCCGGGGCCGUCCUUCAGCAAGCCAGUUGUAAGAACCACCGCGUGAACCGAGUGGUUUUCCUGGGCAACAUGAAGCGACUGCUCACCACAGGGGUUUCACGCUGGAACACCCGGCAGAUCGCUCUCUGGGAUCAGGAGGAUUUGUCCAUGCCAAUUGUGGAGGAGGACAUAGACGGCCUCUCAGGACUGUUGUUUCCCUUCUAUGAUGCCGACACACACAUGUUGUACCUGGCAGGCAAGGGGGACGGCAACAUCCGUUACUUUGAGAUUACCACAGAGAAGCCGUACUUCCAAUACCUGACGGAGUUCCGGUCCCCGGCCCCACAGAAAGGCCUCGGUGUGAUGCCGAAGCACGGCCUGGAUGUGGGAGCUUGUGAGGUGUACCGCUUCUACAAGCUCGUCACUCUGAAGGGUUUGAUCGAGCCCAUUUCAAUGAUUGUCCCAAGAAGGUCGGACACAUACCAGGAGGACAUCUACCCCAUGACAGCAGGAACAGAACCUGCGCUCUCAGCGAGUGAAUGGCUGAGCGGCAUUAAUAGAGACCCAGUCCUAAUGUCCCUGAAGGAGGGUUACCAGCGACCACACCAGUUAGUGUUUAAGGCCCCAGUGAAGGAAAAGAAGAGUAUGGUAGUGAACGGGAUCGACCUGCUGGAGAACGUUCCACCCAGGACAGAGAACGAGCUCCUGCGGAUGUUCUUCCGGCAGCAGGAAGAAUUGCGGCGGCUAAAGGAGGAGCUGACCACCAAGGACGUGCGAAUACGCCAGCUGGAGCUGGAGCUCAACAACCUGAAGAACGUUAGCCCCAACAACGUCUGACCUCUCAGCCCCCUGGACUGCCAAAGCUGCUUCCUUUGCCUCCAAUUUCUGACCUCCGACAAGCUUCUGAGCCCUCCUAUGCCUCUUUUUUGAUAUAUCAUAACUUCAUUCCUGCUGCCCUGCAUAGUACACCCAAUAAUAUGAUAAGUGGUGGAUAAUGUCUUAACUGGUGCAAUUACUGGAAUAUUGUAAUAAUGACAAAUAUGAUGAGUAAUGGAGACAAGGAAAGAGUUCAAAUCCAUUUAGGUAUUAUCUAGUUUUACAACUUACUCUUGAUCUAGUUUCUGCCAGACCUCCUGAGAGUUUGUCUCACUGUGCCUACCCUAUCAUUCACGUGGAAAUACCUUAGUCACCGUUCAAAAACAGCCCCUACACUCCUCCUGUAAUGACCAAACCACCAUCUAAUCCUCGUUUUUUGAAGAAAAACUAGAGGAUAAAAAGACCGUCACUGGCUCCUGUUUUCCUUCCACAAGGCCUUAGACCCUGCUGCAGCGAGCUGCAACCUCAUUUCAAAAUGGCUGACACGUGAAAUAUUUUUGAACCUGACAGACAAGACGAGCUUUUUUCGGACACGGAUCAUGUUUUCCACAGAGCCGCUUAUCCCGUAGCUUAUUUUCUCACCUACAGAUGUUGCUGGUUAUAAUUUGACUUCACAAUACUGACAUAGCUACCGGAGUACAGCCUUUCCUCCUAAGGAGAAUGGAGAGUUCAUUCACUUUCAGUAUUUUAUUGUUUAUUUAAAUAUUGGGAAAGCAGCAGGGGAGACACUGAUCCACUUAUGUAACUGGAAUAUAGUCUCAAGGGAAGCUUUGCAGGCUGUUAUUGGAUUUUAGGGCUCAUUUUGAGGAUGGAGGAGCGUAAUGUAUAUUUACUUCUAUUUAUUUGUCACAUGUUACCUUUUUAGCUAAUAACAUGUACAUCUUUUAAUCCCAUUGUUUUUGUAUGACGUGGCUGCGCAAGUAAUGAUUGUGAUGCUUGAUAGAUUUUUUUGCUGAAUGUUUCCGAUUGAAAAGGUGCAAGAUUUGUGUGAAACUGUACCUUUGACGGUAUUAGUUCUUUUGACUCAGACAACAUAACUGCAAUUAAGGUAUACAAAUAUAAUCCUGCCUUUUUCUAACAGUGCACAAAACUGUAAUAAUAACCGUCCUUUUACAUUUAAAACUAAGUUAGUCACUAUUAGUGAGAUGUGUUUAACUGUAGAUGUGUAAUUUUGAUCUGGAGCCUCCAGGUCAUCUGCCUCUCCUCCUCCACUUGUACCACCAACAGACUUAGUCUACACUGCAGUAUAAAUCACUCGGUUUUACCAUUUAACUGUUUUUUCCUUGUGGGCACCGGUUUCACAUGAGAUUGGAUCUAUUAUGACAGCCAGGCACUCAAGCAGUUACCAAAAACUAUUCUUUUAAUCCAGGCCCAGUCAUAUUCAGCCUUGUGUUAUUACUGAUUCUGCUCCCGAUGGACUAAGAAAAAUAAAGAUGAAUCUCCUGCAUGAGUAGCAAGAAUGGAAUUUGAAAGUAAGUAAAAAGUCGAGGUCGGGACGUAAAGGGUGCAACGCUUUAUAGCUUCCGUUAAGAAACAAAAACAUAUGAACCCUUUAACUGUUGACUUGAGCCACUGACACAUUAAUGGUAAUUGCGUAUGUUUCUUGCAGGAAAAGUUAAAGGGCUAGUGAAAGUAGACAGUGGGAAACGGAUCUACCAGAGAUGGAUCAGCUGCAGUCGGGCUGGAGUUAUGUCAUGUCAGGGCUUCUCAUGUAGGUGUACUGAGGAAUAAAACCAACCACGCAGCCGGUAACUCUUUAGGAAGUUAGGAUAACAGGUUUUUAAAAUGACUGAAACUCUUUUUGUACAGUUGUUGGAAGAAUUGUGUUGAAUUUUGGCUUAGACAGUAGUACCAUGGCAGUUCCUCCCAAUUAGUUUGGCACUAAUCAAGUAAACCCCGGCUUAAAUCUUCUAGGUUUGGUCUUUGGUAGUGCUUUAGGUCUUGUUCAAAAUAGAGUAAAAGUACCAGGUGUCACUCUGCUGAACAUGCAUCCGAGAUGAGUUUUCCAUCAUCAAUACCUUAUAACUGGAAUCCUGAAUCACCAUUUGAAUUUGACUGUGUUGUACAAGGACCACAAACUUCAAAACAUAUAUAAAAAAGGGAUUUAUUGAUGUGAAUGGGAGGGGAAAAUAAACAAUUUGGUUGAUGACAGUGGAUUUAACAUAGUGUGAAAAAUCACUGAGGUAGGCCAAUUUGACCAGUACGUAUAAUAGUGAAAACAAAGUCCAAAUAACCGUUUCCAGAGUCUCUGAAACAAUUCAUUUUCAAUGCACAUAAGUUGCGGAUGUAACCUCCAUUUAUAUCAAGCACUUCUCUACACUACCACCACAAACAUUGCCACCCGUGUGUCACAGAAAGGAACGUGGAAAAAAAAAGCGAUAAUGAGAUCCGAUGUUGAACAUUUGUCUUUAUGGAAAGAUUAUGCAUACAAAGUUAUGUUCAAAUUCCAAGAAAUUUCACACUGCGUAUUUUAGAUAAAGCAGCAUACAUAUUUAAUAUCUUAUUACAAUUCAUAGUUUCACCUCAGUUGUCUGUUCAAUGUCUGCCGUCAUCAAAGAGAAUACAAAAAAAUAGAUUUGGUCAUUAUUUACAAGAACACGUAAUUUCCGAACUAUCAAAGCUGAGGGUUUAAGGAGGAGGAGGAGCAGCUUUGACAAGGGCAGACAUUUGUUUUGCUAUGAUUUAAAAAUAUGCCCGGUGAGGGGUCACACUGUGCAUGUUCAGACAGAAGUUUCACACCAGGACAGCAGAGUAUUGGCAUACUGGUGACACUACAAAUACAUAACUUACAUUAAAAAUAAAAAUACAAUGCAAAAAUAAGUUUAAGACGAGGAGAGGACAGCCAUACAUGAUUCCAGUAGUUGACUUUAAAAUGUAUAAGACAUGCACUCUUUUUUUGUUUCAUUUUCUUUUUUUUCUUUUGAAGGGGGCUCCUUUUAAAAUACACAAGUCAUCAGAAACUGGUCUUACACAAACGGUGAGAAAAGAAAAAACAUUUCUUAAAAAGGUUUUAUCUUUGCCAUUAUUUGAUAUUACAAAAUUGGUGUCCACAAUGCAGUUAAAAGUGGACAGUAAAGACUGGAACAUGGGAGCAUCAAAAGGUACAUAAAUUUAACUUAUUUACCCAGACAACCCCGUCUACCUGACUGGCCAAUAACAAAAACCACUCCUACUGCAAUAUGAAACGGGGUAAAAUACAUGGGGCUGUUGGGAAGAGACAGGGAGAUACAGGUUUAAAACAGUUCACAACUUAGCUUCCAGAGGACUCUCAAUCGUCUUCAUCCUCCUCGCCUUCUUCAUCCAGCUCCCUUUUCCUCUUCUGACCUCGCUCUUCUUCUAGAAAACAAGAGUCAGAUUUUUUUUAAAAAGGACACAAACGCCAGAAGCAAAUCAAUGUUUCCGGUUUAACGUUCAGGUUCUCUCGUCACGACGACAGCAACGCCGGCUCAAACUGUACGCAAUUUUUUUCACGUUACAAGUCAAAUUUACAUUUCUUUGUGAUGGACAAUAAAGGUUUUCUGAAUCAGCCGAGUCUGAGGCAAAAUGAAUCUUAAAAAUCGUUUUAUUCUGUAAUCUCUCUAUUCUACCACAAUGCACAAAGAGAACGGAGGAGCCUCUCGCAGCUGUAGAAAAUGACAACUAACAGUGAACGGUAGUGAAACAGCUUCAGUAACACUUCAGAGGACAAAGAAUUACUUUUGGAUUUUGGUAAAAACACUUCGGUUGAAUUGUCAACGGGAUUCUGAAGUCUACGUGUUAUUGCCUUUGCAUCGUAUCGUCUCCGUUCAGUUUAAAAACAGUUCAAUGUUUCCUGUUGA